AUGAGAAAAAUUGGAACAUAUCAAAACAGUCAUUGCUAACCUGUUUGAAAACCUACAUAACAAGCAGACGAAUUGACCUUCAAUGGCGAGUAAGAUUGCUUUCUUGUUUGAAUCCAUUGUUGUUUGAUGCAGACAAAGAAGUUGUUAAGGAGGUGCUUCAAGUUUUUGAGAAGUGCGGUUACAAAAAUAAACAUAUACGCGAUAUUAUCUUCAAACAUGUGCAAAACCUUUUGACAGCAAUAAAUUUUAGAAUGUUUUCAUACAAGAAAUAUGAAACAAAUCAAAAACCAAUGUGGUGUGAAAUUCCAGGAAAAAUUUGGAAUGAGAUGGAUGUAUCAUUGCACAUUCUUUUACCGACAAUUAAGUGUCUGACGAGUGGAUCAAUGGAGGAUUACAGAACGUCAGCGGAAAGAAGGAUCACUAUCAAACACCUCAAUAGUCUAGAAAUAAUGAGGCUAUUGCAAUAUGAAAAUAGCCACCCAAAUCUUGUAAAACUAAUUGCAUUCCAAUAUCGACCAUUACCUUUAUAUUAUUUGACAGAAAAUCAUAAAAACUUGCAUACUCAUUUAUUAGACAAAAGACAGUACCAUAAAUGGUUGUCACGUGACAAUCUUGGAAACAUGGCGAUUAAUAUUAUAGACGCUGUACUGUUUCUACAUAAUAAAGGUAUGGUCCACAGGAAUCUUACAACUCACAGCUUUUGUAUCAAUGAACACGGCAUUGUCAUGCUGGAGGAUUUCAGUUUGGUUAAAAUACUCAAAAAGACGGAGAAUGGCGACAGCAAUUUCACCAAUGACGUCAAUGAUGGCGAUAUACCAGUGUUAUACUCUGCUCCUGAAUCAGUGUUGGAAGACAAAUACGAUUUUCAGACAGAUAUCUGGAUGGUAGGCCUGCUGUUAUAUGGGAUAUAUACUCACGGAGGUAUACCGUACACUGUUUAUGGACUUGCUACUGAACAAAUUCUAGAAUAUGUUGUUUUCCAAGACCUUAAACCUACAAAAUGGCCUUGCAUACCAACAGAAAUUUUUAGAGCAAUUAUGGCAUGCAUGCAUAGCAGUCCCGGCAGUAGGGAAGAAUUACAGCAAAUUAGGAAGUCAAUAGAAGAGUACCUAUCCGAUAGGAAUACUGACACAUUGACUCGUUUGUCAACGUUAUUUGAAAUAGACAAAAUGUAUCCACCAUCUGACUGUUCAGAGCCAGAAAAGGGACUGCCACAACUAUUUUUAAGAUUAAAGCAGGAUCUCAAUCCAAGAAUGUCCUAUUGUAAUUUAAGACUAAGCAAGAUACGUUCAAAUAGAUGCUGCAUAGCGUUAUCUGACAUCACAGCACCAGAUACACCAGUGCGUCACGGAAACGAACAUUCGAGGUCCUUAAGAGUAGAAGAACCCGUCAACCAAGCAUUUGUCGAAGACGAAUUACCUCAAAUGACAGAAGAGCUCUGUCGAAAGGUUCUUAAGAUGGAGGCCUUACCAACAAAGAUUAAACGACUGCAGCCUCCAGAUGCGGACUACAAAUAUGAACUUCAUUAUAAAUGUCAGAAAGGUGAGAACAUUAUUGACAUUGCCAUGAGAAAUCAUUAUGGAGCACCUGGUAUAGAUUCCAUCGACAUUUUCUAUCUUGGACUGACAUAUAACCUGAUUAAGUUUGUACACAGAAUGCAUUCCAAUCAAUGGUUGUUAAGAGACCUCUGUGGAUAUUCUAUUUUUGUGGAUACAAACACUUUGACAGUUUUCAUGCCAAGAGUUGGUAGAUUUAGACGAAUAAAUUCUUUGGUAAAAUUGGAUGACUGUUUACUUGAUGAAUCUUUUCCUGACAGAUUACGUUGGUCUCCGAUAGAGGUUAUACAAAACGGACUUUACUCCAAAGAAAGUGACAUCUACAUGCUUGGUAUGACUAUUUGGGAACUGUAUACAGCGUUAAAUUUACAUAGGGAUGAUCCAUCAGUGAAUCCGCUUGAGGGAAUACCAUUUGCUACCAUACCAAAGAAUGAGUUGUUAACAGAGCUCUACAGUGGUGAGGUACCAGACAUGCCAAUCAGCUGUCCACUAUGGUUGUAUGACAUGUUAAAGUCUUGUUGGAAUCGAAAUAGAACAUUCAGACCCUGUGCUGACCAACUAUUAUCAGAGAUGAAAGACAGAAUCAACAGUCAUCCUAAAAAAGAAAUGAUUAUACAAAUGGUCGAUUUGAGAAGACAACCAACUAUGUUGCAAGAGGCAAGAAAACUGCCAAAGGUUCCUUCACAUUCAUCUGAUAUCUCAUUUUCUAAAACAUCAAAAGUCUGCUUCAGUGAUGAUGACGAUCCUUACUUACUGUCAGUAUAUUCAGGUUCGAUAUCUAAUUCACUUCGUUUGGAUAGGAGCAAACAACAUACAAAAUCUCCUCUGUUAUCACCUGUGAUCAAAGGGAGACAAUCUCAAAAGAACUCGUCCGUUCAUCAACUUGAAGAUGAUUAUCCAAAGCUCAGGCAUGAACGUGGACGUAAAAAUAGAAGCUAUGAACCAUCUGGUUAUUAUUGCAAUGAAUCAGACUCCUCAUUUUUUAAUAUUUCACAUUCUGAAACUCUGAUGUCUCAUGAAACAAUUCCUGAAGAUAAUGACAAUUUUCAAAGAACUACUGGUAUUAUACAAGAUACCAGUUGUGAGACUAACGAACACAGAAAUAACAGUGCUAUAGAACAAGCGUGUGAAAGAAAGCUCUCUAGAAUCGAUAGUGGAAUUGUUGAUGAUGCCUCAAAUCAACAGCUAAAAAGUCCUCGUUUGAACAUCAAAACAGAUUCUUUAGUUUCUGAACAAAGAAAGAGUGGUUUGACAGAUUCAUCUUCAGGAUAUUCUUCAAUGUCCAAGCUUAAGACAGAGAGUGAGGAUAAUAAACCUCCUCCUAUCCCUCCUAUUCCAGUGGGAAGAUCCGGGAAAAUCCCAUCUAUCCCAUCUUCAAAACAACAUAUUAAGAUCAAUAAACACAACAAGACAUCAGAGCAGAUGAAUGACUAUGUUUCAAUGUCAUCAGUUUGCAGACAACGACCAAAGACAGAUAUUUCUCAGAGUUCUGGACAUAGUGUUAAUACUGUGCCCUCGCAAGACAUUCCAACUAAAAGUAAAGAUGACCUUGAUACUGAUGAGUUUAAGUCUAAUUUAAUUAGGUUUAGUAGCUGUAAUCUUUUAAAAUUUGAACAACAACUGUCAAAUGCAAGAUCUAGCUAUGUUUAAGAACUUUAUGAAAAGUGGGUUUAUAUUUGAUAAAUAAUACAAGCUGACAAUGAUCAAAGCCUAAUUCUUUAAAAAAAAAAAAAAGAGAACUACUUUGAAAUUAUGAUCAAGUACAGCAAAAAAAUCAUUUACUGAAUACAUCUGUAAAUAAAUUAAUUUAAUAGCCUUGCAUUUUAAAGAUUUGUUUGACAAUCAAAAGCAAAGGAACAUAAAAUUUCUGCUUAUAAU